AAGAAAAAUGCUGCGACGAGAGGAGAUGGAUUGAAAAACAGGACAGAGCAGCAGGGCCACAAUGGAAAAAAGAAGAAACAAACUGAAUAAGGACGUUCAUUGACAAGGCAUACAGCUUUGAUCCAAGAAUUAAAAGAGUUAAGGAAGAGGGGAAGGCCAAGAAAGAAGCAGAGGCUGCCAUCACGAAGGACACAGCAACUACCCGGACCAGGAAGUUCAUGACCAACAGACUACUUCAGCACAAACCAAUGGUCAUUGAUGUCCUUCACCCUCAGAAGGCAACAGUACCCAAGAGAGAAAGUUGGGGAAAAUUAGCCAAAAUGUAUAAGAUAACAUCAGAUAUCAUCUUUGUGUUUGGAUUCAGAACCCAUUUUGGUGGUGGCAAGACAAAUGGCUUUGGCAUGACUUAUUACGCCUUGGAUUAUGCAAAGAAAAAUGAACCCAAACAUAGAUUUGCAAGACAUGGCCUCUAUGAGAAGAAGACCCCAAGGAAACAGAGAGAGGAAUGCAAGAACAGGAUGAAGAAAGUCGGGGGGACUACAAAGGCCAAUGCUGGUGCUGGCAAAAGUGAGCUAGGAUUGGAUAACAGAAGUAUUAAUGAUUCUUCACUGACUUCAUCCGGGGUGAUUGUGCAGAUUUUUCAUAAGAGGAUUAAUAAACUAAGAACUUUCAUGUGGGAAGAAAAAGCAGGAAAGAAAGCAGAAGCAAAACAGAAGGAGCAAGAAGCUAAAGAAAAACAAAGACAAGUGAAUUAGAGCUGCUCCAUUAGCUAAAGAGAAAGAAGAAGAGGAAGGUAGACAACAAGCAUUAUUGACAAAGAAGGACAAAAUAGCCAGACAAAAGCCAUUACAAAAGCCAUUAAAAAGGAAAGACAAAAAUUUCAAAGCUCACGCAAUGGAAUCACUUGUGAAAACGAGGAAGUGCAGGUUAAAAAUGAUAGAAGUGGGAAAACGUUGUGAGCACCUUGAAUUAGCAAGUUUGCAGUGUUUGUUUGAAUGAAACACAUCAUUCUCAAAAUAGAAAAGGCUGCCCUGGAAAAACAGAAGAAAUGAGCAAAUUAGAAACGAGAAAGAGGAAGCUGAGGCUCAUAUGUGAUAAGCAUCUAAGAAAUCAACUGGUGGAGGUAGAAAUUGCAGUCAAGAUUGGUCAGUAUAUGAU